AUGCACCAGCCUCUACACGUAGAAAACAGCUGGGCUCCCUCAGAGACAGAGCACCAUGGGAAACCAGCUCUGCUGCACGAGAAGCUGAUCUUCCGUUGUGAUCUUGAUGCACAGCCAGGGAUGGGAACAGUGCUGCUCAAUUUUCAAUGUGCCUAUGAAUCCCGAGGAGAUCUGUUUAAAGUUGGGCUGGUGCUCUCAGAGCCCUGUCAACAGCUGCAGGCUUACGUGGCCUGGGUGAACGCACAGCUCAAGAAGAGGCCAGCGGUGAAGCCGGUGCAGGACCUGCGACAGGAUCUUCGGGAUGGGGUGAUCCUGGUGUAUCUCAUCGAAAUCGUUGCAGGAGAAAAACUGAAGGGGGUACAGCUGGCUCCCAGUAACCAACAGGAGAUGAAGAAUAAUGUGGAGAAAGUGCUCCAGUUUGUGGCCUCCAAAAAGAUUCGCAUGCACCAGACUUCGGCUAAAGAUAUUGUGGAAGGAAACCUGAAGUCUAUCAUGAGGCUGGUCCUUGCCUUGGCAGCUCAUUUCAAACCUGGCUCCAACAGGACGGUGAGCCAAGGAAGGGACCCCAGAGUCCCUCUGCAGAGUCACCAGCCACACUGUGCCACUGCUGUGGCCCAGGGAGCAGCGGCUGCUCUGGCUGACGUGUGUCAUGACAUGUCACGGUCAGGACGGGAUAUCUUUCGAUACAGACAGAGGAACAGCAGCAUGGACGAGGAGAUCGAGAAUCCGUACUGGAGCGUGCGGGCCCUGGUGCAGCAGUACGAAGGGCAGCAGAGGUCCCCGUCCGAGUCCAGCUGCUCCAGGUAA